AUGGUGUGCAAACUUCAUAAAUCCAUUUAUGGCCUCAAGCAAAGUCCACGUGCAUGGUAUGCCAAGCUCAGUCAUGUUUUAGAAAGCGUUGGUUUCUGUCGGAGUAAUGCUGAUUCUUCCUUAUUUGUGCGUUCAAGUACAUCGGGUAAACUUGUGGUGCUUAUUUACGUUGAUGAUCUCAUUGUGACAGGUGAUAAUAUGUCAGAGAUUAGUGCUCUUAAACAAUAUCUCAAUCACAAGUUUGCUAUCAAAGAUCUCGGCAUUCUUAAAUAUUUUAUAGGGAUCGAGAUAGCGCACUCUCACAAGGGUUGUUUUCUAAAUCAACGCAAGUGUGUUAUUGAUCUUCUUCGUGAGGCCAACAUGACAGAUUGUAAACCUACUAGCACACCUUUGAAUAGUAACUUGAAGCUGCAAUCUCACGGUGAUCUCAUUCCCAAUAUAGAGUACUAUCAGAGAUUGGUCGGCAAACUCAUUUAUCUCACUAUCACUCGCCCUAAUAUAGCAUAUGCCGUGAAUCUUGUUAGCCAGUUUAUGCAUGCUCCAAGCAUGGACCACAUGAAGAUUGUUCAUCGUGUGCUUCGAUAUCUAAAAGGCUCCAUUGGUAGAGGGAUUCUCAUACGUAACAAUAAUCACACUCAUAUCUCAGGAUAUACAGAUGCUGAUUGGGUGGGGAAUGCUCUCGAUCGCAAGUCUAUCACUGGCUUCUGCACCUUCGUAGGAGGUAACCUAGUCACCUGGAAGAGCAAGAAACAAAGCGUGGUUGCAGGCUCUAGUGCAGAAGCAAAAUACCGUGCUAUGGCUUCGACUGCUUGUGAACUUAAUCGGCUCAAAAAUCUGUUAUUAGACUUAGGGUUUCCUCAUCAACAACCUAUGUCUCUUUACUAUGAUAAUCAAGCUGCGAUGCACAUAGCAUUAAAUCAUGUCUUCCAUGAGCGAACUAAACACAUUGAAGUUAACUGCCACUAUGUUCGAAAUCAAGUGCAGUCCAAGGUGAUUGAUACACACUUCAUUUGUUGUCAUGAUCAACUUGCCGAUAUCUUCAUCAAAGGAUUGUUGUUUGCUACUUUCCAUCACCUCUUGUCCAAGCUUGGAUCAAUCGACCCGUUUGAUCCAGCUUGA